UAGUUAGCUUUACGAAACGACACAGGGAAAUAUAACAAGCAUUUAAAAAAAUAGAACUAAAUUUGAAGACGAAUAACUUCAGAAAUGGCUCUAGAAACAUCGGUUAAACAAACAUGGUUAAACAAAUGCUUCAUGGAGAAGAUUCUGCGAAAGUCGGAAAACGACAAUUCAAUUCAAGUGAUCGAUGUAUUUUCAAAACCGGCCACAAUGAAGGGCGACAACUAUCUCAGCGACAUGAUUAGGAUUACUGUCGAAUUUUCGCGCAGCUCUAUGAUCAAAGAGAAAAAAUCAAUUGUUAUCAAAGUCUCACCUGUACUUGAAAGUGUUCGACAGAAACUGAUCAUAGAAAUGGAUGUCUUCCAUAUCGAGAUGUUGAUGAUGUCAGAUACUCUGGAUAAAAUGAAUAAGUUAUUAGGACCGAAGCACCGCUUAAGCGCGAAGAUUCUCUACGUGCAAAAUGAAAAUCCAACGCUUCUGGUGAUCGAAGAUCUCGCAUCUCUCGGUUUUCGAAUGGCUGAUCGCUUGUCUGGUCUUGACUUAGAUCAUUCCAUAUUGGCGCUUCGCGGUCUUGCCAGGUUUCACGCAGCCUCCGUAGCCCUAUGCGAGAAGGAGCCAAAGCAAAAAGAGAUGUAUUUGAAAGGAAUAAUUAAUAGCCAGCAUCCGCCAGAAAUGAAAGAUAUUUUCAUUAAGAGUACUAAAGCUUUAGCAGACGAGAUUGUGAACUGGCCGGAAGUAAAAAAAUAUUCGGAAAAAAUUGCUAAACUCUCCGAUCACAUAUAUCAAUUAGGAGUGAAUGCAUUUAAGGUCUGUAAGGACGAAUUUAAUGUUAUUAAUCAUGGUGAUUCACACGUAAACAAUAUGUUGUUCAGAUAUGACAAUAAUGGCAAGCCUACUGAUCAGAUUUUUGUAGACUUUCAAUUAUGCGUCUACGCAUCGCCGGCACUCGAUCUUCUCUAUUUUCUCAAUUCAAGUAUUUCCUUCGAUGUCAUUGAAAAUAAGAGAGAUAUUUUAUUAAAUGAAUAUCUUAGCACCUUGUCAACGACUAUGAAGCAGUUGAACUGUAAAACGCAACCGCCCACCAUGAAGGAAUUAAAGGCUGCUCUAAAACGAAAAGCUAGCUAUGGAAUGAUGACAUCUUUUACCUGUUUACAGUUUAUGCUAUGCCAUAAAGCUGAGGCGAAAGAUUUGGAUGAAAUGUUGGGCACUGGUACUUAUAUAAAUCCAGGUUUAAAGAAUGAGAGUUAUAAAAAAAUAUUGAUAAGAAGACUGCCACUGUAUGACGAGUGGGGUUUACUAGAUCUUUAUGAUGGCAAGAACAAUGAUUUGUCAAAAAAUUCUUCAAUUCCAAUUCUACUUUCAGAAAUGGCGCUAGAGACAUUGACAUGGCUGAAUCUAAGCUUCGUGGAAAAGAUUCUGCGAAAAUCGGAAGAUGAUAACUCGAUCCAGAUGAUCGAUAUAUGUUCGGAACCAGCCACGAGCAAAGGUGACAACUACACCAGUGAUAUGAUUAGGAUUAUUGCCAAAUACUCGCGUGAUCAAGGCAGCUGUAGUAUUAAAGAGAAAAUAUCAAUUAUCCUUAAAAUCUUGCCUAAACUCGGAAGUAUCCGACAAAAAUUGGUCAUAGAAUCAGGUCUUUUUCACACCGAAAUGUCGAUGAUGUCAAAUACAUUGAAUAAAAUGAAUAAGUUGUUAGAGCCAAAGUAUCGCUUGAGCGGGAAGACUCUCUAUGUGCAAAAUGAAAAUCCAAUGCUUCUGGCUAUCGAAGAUCUCACGUCUCUCGGCUUUCGAAUGGCCAAUCGUUUGUCUGGUCUUGACCUAGAUCAUUCCAUAUUGGCGCUUCGCAAUCUUGCCAGAUUUCAUGCAGCCUCCGUAGCCCUAUGCGAGAAAGAACCAAAGCAAAAAGGAAUGUAUUCGAAAGGACAAUUUAACAAGCAACAAUCAUCAGAAAUGAAGGAUAUUUUCAUUAAGUGUACUAAAGGUUUAGCAGAAGAGAUUGCACAUUGGCCUGAAGUAAAACAAUACUCGGAAAAAAUAGCUAAACUCUCCGAUCACAUAUAUCAAAUAGGAAUUGAUGCAACAAAGCUUUGUAAAGAAGAAUUUAAUGUUAUUAUUCACGGUGAUUUUCAUGUAGACUUCCAAAUGUGCGUUUACGCAACGCCGGCACUCGAUUUAUUAUUUUUUCUCAAUACAAGUCCUUCCUUGGAUAUUAUGGAAAACAAGAAAAAUAUUCUAUUAAAUGAAUAUUUUAGCACCUUGUCGGCGACUAUGAAGGAAUUGAAUUGCAAGACGCCGCCGCCUACUAUGAAGGAAUUGAAAGCUACCAUGAAGCAAAAAGCUGACUAUGGAAUGAUAAUAUUCUUCGUCGUUUUACCAUUUAUGCUGUGCUGUAAAACUGAGGCAAAAGAUUUGGAUGAAUUAUUGAGCACUGGUAUAAAUCCAGGUAUCAAGAGCGAGAUUUAUAAAAAGUUGAUGAUAAAAAGACUGCCACUAGUCGUUUUUGCGUUUUGUUACGCGGCGAGAGAAGUAAUUUGUCGAAAAAAUUCUCCAAUUCCAAUUCCAAUUUCAGAAAUGGCUCAAGAAACAUCGACAUGGCUGAAUAUUUGCUUUGUAGAGAAGAUCCUGCGAAAUUCGGAAAGUGAUAAUUCGAUCCAAGUAACUAAUAUAUGUUCAGAACCAGCCACGAGCAAGGGUGACAACUACACUAGUGACAUAAUCAGGAUAAUUGCCGACUUUUCUUGUAAUCAGGGUGGCUUUAAGAAUACAAAGAAGAAAUCAAUCAUUAUUAAAAUCUCACCUGUACUCGAAGGUAAUCGAAAGAAACUUGUCACACAAUCAGGUUACUUUCACAAUGAGGCAUUGAUGAUGACAGACACUUUGGAUAAAAUGAAUAAGUUGUUAGAGCCAAACCAUCGCUUGAGUGGGAAAAUUCUCUACGUGCAAAAUGAAAAUCCAAUGCUUUUAGUGAUCGAAGAUCUUGCGCCUCUAGGUUUUCGAAUGGCCGAUCGUUCGUCUGGUCUUGAUCUAGCCCAUUCCGUAUUGGCAUUUCGCGGACUAGCCAGGUUUCAUGCAGCCUCCGUAUCCCUAUGCGAGAAGGAACCAAAACAAAAAGAGAUGUAUUUGAAAGGAAUAUUCAACAAACAGCAUCCGCCAGAAAUGAAAAAUAUUUUCAUUAAGAGUACUAAAGCUUUAGCAGACGAGAUUGCAAAUUGGCCAGAAGUAAAAAAAUAUUCGGAAAAAAUUGCUAAACUUUCCGAUCACAUAUAUCAAAUUGGAAUAAAUGCAAGCAAGCUGUUCGAGAAUGAAUUUAAUGUUAUUAAUCACGGUGAUUUUCAAAUGAAUAAUAUAUUGUUCAAAUAUAAUAACGAUGGAAUACCGAUCGAUUACAUUUUAAUAGACUUUCAAAUGUGCGUCUAUACAUCGCCCGCAUUCGAUCUUCUCUAUUUUCUCAAUUCAAGUACUUCCUUCGAUGUCAUUGAAUACAAGAGAGAUGUUCUAUUAAGUGAAUACCUUGAUACCUUGACAACGACUAUGAAGCAAUUGAACUGCAAAACGGAAGCGCCCACCAUGAAGGAACUGAAAGCUAUCCUAAAGCGAAAGGCUAGCUUUGAAAUGAUAACAUCCUUCACGGUUUUACCGUAUAUGCUGCGCUGUCAGACUAAGACAGAUUUGAAUGAGAUAAUAAGUACUGGUACUUUUAUAUAUCCAAAAAACGAGAGUUUUAAACAGUUAAUGAUAAAAAGACUCCCACUAUAUAAUGAGUGGGGUUUAUUAGAUCUUUAACGCAUACUUCAUCAUUAGUAAUAAAAUAUAAAAAUUAAAAAAAUAAAAUACAAAACAUAUAAC